AUCAAUUAGAGAGAGACUGUGUGUAUGUAAAAUUAUCGAUGAGGGUACCGCAAUAUAUAAUGAUUCAAGUUGAUACUAUGUCGCAGUCGUAGAAGUCGAUUCGCUUUGAGAAGAAAAAAAAUAUAAAGCUUAACAUUGAUAUUUUAAUAAAUGUAGUUGAGUGUAUAAUAUUUACAUUCUAUUCAAUAUUUUGAUAAGUAUAUGUAACGUGUCGUAAUACUAGAUUCGUUUCUGAUUAUGUCUCGAUUGAUAUUUUUGCUGACCUUAAUACAUAUAUCGAUUUGUUAUCGAUUGCCUAAUGAUGUCCUUCCCGAACAUUACAAAUUGGAAAUCAUUUCGUAUUUGGGAGAAGAAGAGAACAAUUUUAAUUUCGAUGGAAAAGUUUGGAUAACUGUGACUUGUUUGAAUCCAACUCAAAAUAUAACAUUGCAUUCGAAAAAUUUGAAUAUAAAUAAGGAUACGAUCGUCGUCAAAUCGAACGACGAUUUGAAAUCGAUCGAAAUAUCGGAUGUCGUUGUUGAGAAAGAAAACGAUUUUCUAAUAUUGGUUCUGGAUAAAAAUUUAAUACCCGAACGUCGUAAAUAUGAUAUUUAUAUUGGUUUUUCUGGUAAACUCGACGACGGUUUGGCAGGUUUUUAUAGAAGCAGUUAUUAUAAUAAAAAAGAACGUCGAAAGAAAUGGUUGGGAGUAACGCAAUUCGAAGCUAUAAGCGCUCGAAUGGCUUUUCCUUGUUUCGACGAACCGGCGAUGAAAGCAACAUUCGAUAUCAGCAUAGGAAGAAGAGAAGGCUACAAAUCCAUCAGUAACAUGCCUCUAAUCAACACACAACCAUUGAAAGAAAAACCGGGUUGGUAUUGGGAUCAUUUCGAUACGUCGGUUCCCAUGUCGACUUAUCUAGUAGCUUACGUCGUAUCCGAUUUCGAAUACAAAAAAGGCGAACCGGUCGAGCACAACAACGUUACGUUUAGAAUUUGGGCGAGAAAAGACGCUUUGGAUCAGGUGGAUUUCGCUGCCGAAGUCGGUCCGAAAUGUUUAGAAUAUUACGAGAAAUUCUUCGAUAUCGAAUAUCCCCUACCGAAACAAGAUAUGAUCGCCAUACCGGAUUUUAGCGCCGGCGCUAUGGAAAAUUGGGGUCUGAUCACUUAUAGAGAAACUUAUUUAUUAUACGAUCCCAAAAUAUCUUCGAAAACUAGUCAGAACAACGUCGCCAGCGUCAUAGCUCACGAAUUGGCCCAUCAAUGGUUCGGAAAUUUGGUUACGAUGAAUUGGUGGACGGAUCUAUGGUUGAACGAAGGUUUCGCUACUUAUAUGGCGAGCUUGGCAUUAGGAGCUCUCUUUCCGCAAUGGAAUUCGUUGGAAGAAGAAGACGCCGAUAAUAUGUUGAACGUUUUCUCUUUCGAUUCAUUGAGAACGUCACAUCCGGUUUCCGUACCGAUAGGUAAUCCUAAGGAAAUAGACGAAAUAUUCGAUACGAUAUCUUAUAAAAAGGGAUCUUCUCUGAUCAGGAUGAUGACGUUAUUUUUGGGCGAAGAUAUAUUGAGAAGGGGCGUCAGUAAUUAUUUGAAAAAACAUAAAUACGGCAACGCCGAGCAGGACGAUCUGUGGCAGGCUUUGACCGAAGAAGCUCACAGACAAAAAAGUCUGCCGACGAAUUUGACGGUGAAAGUGAUUAUGGACACGUGGACAUUACAAACAGGUUAUCCGCUUAUAACGAUAACGAGAAAUUACGAAAAAAAAACCGCGGAAAUCACUCAGAAUCGACAUUUAAGAGACAUUAUAAAUACAAAAGAUCAACUAAAUUCAUGUUGGUGGGUACCUCUGACUUAUUCAACUGAAUCGAAUAAAAAAUUUAACAAAACCGUACCAGACGAUUGGCUGGCGUGUCCUAAACACGAGCAUAUAAUCGAAAAUAUAGCUAAAGGAGAAGAAUGGGUUAUAUUCAAUAAUAAAAUGUCAGGAAUAUAUAAAGUGAAUUACGACGAAAAAAAUUGGGAAAUGAUAACGAAAUAUUUACAAGGUCCCGAUUUUCGUAAAAUACCGACUUUAAAUCGGGUUCAAAUAAUAAGCGACGCCGCUGAUUUGGCAUAUAUAGGUACCAUAAAGUACGAAGUGUUUUUUAAUUUACUUAAAUAUUUGAAUCAAGAAGACGAAUAUAUGCCUUGGAAAGCGGCUAUAGAAAAAACCGAUGUUAUUACGAAACAAUUAAAAAAAUCCGCCAUUUACGGUAAAUAUAAGGAAUAUAUGAAGCGUCUAUUGACGCCUAUGUAUGAAAAAGUCGACGGUUUCGAAGUAAUGAACGAUCCCGAUAAAUUAGAUUCUAUUAAAUUGCAAGCUCUAAUUGUGAGUAGAGCUUGUUUGUUCGAAGUACCCAAAUGCGUAACUAAAGCGAAAGAAUUGUUUAAUAAAAUUAAACUAAAACAAGAAGAUUCUAUACCGAAAGAUUUGCGCGGCGCCGUUUAUUGUACAAGCCUAAAACACGGCGGGGAAUCCGAAUGGGAGUUGCUAUGGAAGAAAUAUCAAAAUUCCAACGUCGCCACCGAAAAAAAUAGUAUACUCAGUACAUUGGGUUGUACCGAGGAAAUUUGGUUAUUAUCCAGAUAUCUGGAUUGGUCUCUGAACGAUACCACCAUCAGAAAACAGGACAGUAGUUCGGUAUUCGGUACGGUGACGAGAAACAACGUCGGAUAUUUCAUAGCCAAGAAUUUCUUCUACAAUAACAUCGAUAAGAUACAUAAAUAUUUCUUGUCCAAUAAAAAAACACUCACAAGAUACUUGUCACCGUUGUCAUCCCAAAUUACCAACGUCAAAGAACAACAAGAGUUCGAGAAAUUCCUGGAAGAAAAUAAGAAACUUUUCUCGGAUGUUAGAAAGGGCGUCGAUCAAUCGUUAGAAACUGUUAAAAUUAACGUCCAAUGGUACCAGACGCACGCAGACGAAAUCGAAAAUAUUUUAAACAGAUUUAAAUAGAGGAACGUUAUACGGGGAGCGUCACAAAGAACAUUUAUUACCCUAAUCGUUUUACGAGGUACGGGAAAAAAGUUUUUUUUUGUGGUCGCGAUUCGAUUUUGGGUUACGCGUAUCAAUGUUCGAGCCCAAAAAACGAUGUCGAUGAUCUUAAUGACGCGCCUCGAAAUGCGAUAUGUACUUAAAUAUGUGUGUGUAUUUUUUUUUCUAUUUAUAUAAUUUAUUCAUGUUGCACGUAAUCUGCAUAAUAAAAUUAUUCCAUUCAAAAA